CUUUUUUUUAUUAUAGAAUCGACAUUGGCUGCAUUUCAGUUUAAUUAUAUACCUUUGCUUCGGCAUUAAAAUUCAAUCCGGUGCAGUAUACUAUUAUUAGUGUAAAUCUACCACAGGUAGAUUCCUUCGUGGUAUAUUUGUGAGGUAUUCAUAAAUCUACAAUGUCGAGCGACACCGCAAAGAACUUUUCCAAUCUGGAGACCCCAGGCUAUGUCGGCUUCGCAAACCUGCCUAACCAGGUGCACCGCAAGUCCGUGAAGAAGGGCUUUGAGUUCACCCUCAUGGUGGUCGGAGAGAGUGGACUGGGCAAGUCUACACUGGUCAACUCCUUGUUUCUAACUGAUUUGUAUCCGGAACGAGUUAUUCCCGAUGCCAUAGAGAAAACCAAUCAAACGGUGAAGCUAGAUGCCUCAACUGUGGAGAUUGAGGAGCGAGGAGUGAAACUGCGACUGACUGUGGUGGACACUCCUGGAUAUGGAGAUGCUAUUGACAAUACUGACUGCUUUAAGUCCAUCAUCCAAUACAUCGACGAGCAAUUCGAGCGGUUCCUGCGUGACGAGAGCGGGCUUAACCGACGUAAUAUCGUCGAUAAUCGCAUACACUGCUGCUUCUAUUUCAUCUCGCCGUUUGGACACGGGUUGAAGCCCCUGGACAUCGAGUUCAUGAAGCAACUGCACAACAAAGUGAACAUCGUGCCGGUGAUCGCGAAGGCAGACUGCCUCACCAAGAAGGAAGUCCAGCGGCUCAAGUCUAGGGUAAUGGAAGAGAUCGAGCGUGAAGGCAUCAAGAUAUACCCGCUCCCGGACUGCGACAGCGAUGAAGAUGAGGAUUACAAGGAACAGGUGCGACAACUGAAAGAGGCGGUGCCGUUCGCGGUGUGCGGCGCGGGCCAGCAGCUGGAGGUGCGCGGGCGGCGCGUGCGCGGCCGCCUGUACCCGUGGGGCGUCGUCGAGGUCGAGAACCCCGAGCACUGCGACUUCAUCAAGCUGAGGACCAUGCUCAUCACGCACAUGCAAGACCUGCAGGAGGUGACCCAGGAGGUGCACUAUGAGAACUACCGCUCGGAGCGGCUCGCGCGCAACGGACAAGUGCCUAAGCGACACACGUCAACGGAGAGUGGGUUGAGCGAGUCGGACUCCAACGGACUGAGCAACGGUUCCACUGAGGAUCCCGCCGAGCGAGAGCGCGCGCUUCGUGAAAAGGAGGCAGAGCUGCGACGCAUGCAGGAGAUGCUUGAACAGAUGCAGCGUCAAAUGCAGCUGCAGGCCGGCAGCACCACCACCGCAUAGUGCCAGACUCCCGCCCUGUUGGUGGCAAAGUCCACCGUUCGCCUACCGGGCGCUUGCAACGUGGUGGACUCCAUCUUACGCGCGAUCCCGUAUUGCGUCAGCUCCCUCUAAUGCCAUUUAUCUAGUUCAGUCAAAAGGUACCGUCAAUUUCAUAGGCUUAGAACGCCACGCCUACAGUGUGCGGCGCGUCAUCGUAAAACUUGACCGAAUGCACGAAUGUUGGUUUUGGGCUGUUAACGUCUUUCCCCUUCAUUCAUAAAACUUUACGGGCCUGAUUUAGUUAAAUUAUGUUUUAUCCCUUUCUUAUAAAUACAUAAGUCAAAAUGACAGAUAAAGACAAACUAUUAUUCGUCGGCGAUUAGUCGGCAAAAAUGACCGAUUAGUCGGCACUUCAUAAGUGACAGAAAAACAGGGCAAAAAGAAAUAAACAGCUAAUAUUUACCAUAAGCUUUUCACCUCUUUUACCCAAAUCCUAUUUAGGGUGCUUACGAAAACUUUUGUUCGAAUUAUUGACCGUGUGGUCGCUUUCUUUUAUCCGACUGUCCGGUUGUCGUAUAGUAAAUUUAGCCUUAGGAUUAUUUCAUUAUUUAUUUUAUUUUUUAGCGUUACUAUAAUACGAUGCGAUAAAUAGCGCAACGAAAGGGGUAAAACUAUUGUUUUUUAAGUGCAUCUGAACCGACCUUAGACGAAACUAAUGAUCUGGCCGACUAGCCGACUAAUCGGCCAUCCGAGUGCCGAUUAGUCAGCUAGUCGGCCAAAUCAAUAGUCGGUACAUCACUAAUUAUUAGCUAAUUGAGGUUUGUAGCGCGUUUAUAAUUAACGGGGUAUGCCAUAAAAUUUACAUUAGGAAUGGUCGUUGUUGCGAACCGUCGGUACCUUUUGGCUCUCUAACCUCUACUCUUAUUCAUCUCGAAAAUUGUGAUGUUUCUGCAAAAAUAUAUAAUAAAAUGUAAUUGAGAUUCAUAACUUCAACAAAUCGAAUAGACUGUACGAGUUAUUAUUACUGAUCUGAUUGUUACUAGGCGUGCUCUAACGCAUUUAAAACGACGAAGAAUAUCUAUGGUUUGUAGCUAUUUGUCAUUUUUGGGCAAAAGGUACCACUACUUCAAUAAAGUAUGUUAAUGUGCAUAACAGUGGCGCCCUGGUGGAUAUGGAAGCUAAAAACUGACAAUAUCUCCUUAUUGACAGCCGACAAAGCGGUACCUUUUUCCUGCAAAUGACACAUUUAUAUUUAACAAUCUCUCUCUAUUCCUAGUUUAUAAGACGCAAUAUUCCUAUUGUGAUACAGGCUGUUCCAGAUUCCGUAAAAUCUUCCGAAUUUUUCUAUUAUUUUGAAUAGUUUAAAAUGGAAUGAUGCUGUAUCUGUGCUGAGAUCUAAUCUGAAGCUUUGUAUUCAUCUGGCAUGUUAAAUUACUUAAGUGUAAACAUAUAAU